AUGCGCGUAACAAUACCUAUCAUUGUCACGUGGGGGAACAACUUCCGUAGGACACUUGUUCCUGGAAGCUUGCUUCAAACGAGUACCGCCGCCGCAGUCACGAAGAAUUCAUCCAAGCCCUCUUCGAUUCGCGACGAACGAUUGGACAAGGUUUUGGGCGAUGAGGGUAACGCAAAACGUAAGGAAGGGAUUCAUAAACCCGAUGAAACAAGUGACCUUAGCCCAGAGGGAGUUUUGGGAAUUUCGGCCUUUCCAUUUAUGUGGGUCGCACAAAAAUUAUUGGUCGUGGUCUCACUUGCGUACGUGCGUAAGCGCGGAAUUAAUUGCGUUUUCGGUAAAAUAUCCGUGAAUCGUGGAAUCAAAAAGCUCUCUUAUCAACUAUUUCAUCAAAAUGCUGUUAUCAUCAUUUGGGGGUGGGAAGCAGGGAAACACGGUAAGACCGUUCAAUUUUAG